ACAAUGUGCCCUCCUUGUCCCUCCCUGCGCGCAGCAGAAGAUAAGUGCGUCACUUUGGAUCCGUUGUUAUCGCGACUUUUAAAGUCUAUCGCAUGUGCGUCAGUUUCUUGAAAUGAGCGGAGAUGAAUGAGGACACCUUUGAGAUCCCUGAGGGGGCAGAGUACCUCUACCUGGUGCAGGAGGAGGAGGAGGUGGAAGUGCAGUACGUCCGGCGGAGGAACUACGUCAUCCCCCUGCUGGUGCUCUCUAAUGGCUGGAUCAAGCUCAUCGGGCUGGCCGUGGUCUCCGCGCUCGGCCUGUCCGCGUACCUGUUCUGGCCACUGUGGCCAGGUGUGUCCCAGACGAUGCCACGCAACCUGGCCCGGGUCACCACUGAUGUCGGGGCUUUCGAGGGGAGACACGAGGACGGGGCCUACUCCUUCAGGGGCAUGAGCUACGCCUCCCCCCCGACGGGCCGGCUGCGCUGGGCCCCCCCGGCCAGGCCGACCAGGUGGACCGGGGUGGGGGACGCCAGCCGCCUCCGCGGCGUCUGCCCCCAGCGGGACCGGGCCCGGGCCGGCCAGAGGGUGGGCAGCGAGAGCUGCCUGUUCCUCAACGUGUGGACCCCCUCGCUGGAGCCGGACGCCGCUCUGCUGGUGGUCUGGAUCCACGGGGGGUACCUGACCUCGCUCAGCGGGGGGGAGCCCGGGUACGCGCCCUCGGCCCGGCUGGCCAAUGAGACGGGGGUGGUCUACGUCAGCUUCAACUACCGGCUGGGUGCCCUGGGGUUCCUGGCCCUGGAGGUUCUGAGGGAGGGCAGCCCCACCAACACCUCAGGGAACUAUGGCUUCAUGGACCAGAUCGCGGCCCUCCAGUGGGUUCAGAGGAACAUCCACGCCUUCGGAGGCGACCCAGGGAGCGUGACCAUAUUUGGACACAGCUCUGGGGGCACCUCGGUGUGGACUCUGCUGAAGUCGCCCCUGGCUAAGGGUCUGUUCAGCGCCGCGGUGGUCAUGAGCGGCUCCACGGUUCAAAACGCGUCGCUGGCGAAGGCCGAGGCAGACAACCUGGUGUUCCUGCGGAAGACGGACUGCACCGACCUGGCCUGCCUCCGACGUCUGUCCGUCACACAGAUCCUACAGGCCAGCCCCUGGGAGGAGUACCCGUCCUGGGCAGGAGACGGCAUGAUGGACCUGCCCACCAAGGGGAAAUUCUACGGCCCCCUGGUGGUCGUGGACGGACAUGUCCUCCCUGACACCCCGGCGGAGGGAGGAGGAGGAUUUUACAACGACGUGCCGAUCGUGGUGGGCACGACGGAGCAGGAGGCGGACUUUAGCCCUUCUUCUGCAAACAUCUCUCUCUGGACUUGGGAUGACUACCAGUGGUUUGUUACCGACAAACUGAAACCCUUCGGUGAGGACCUUCCCGAGGACGCUCUGGACCUUUACCCCAGCUCAGCACCCUGUCCCACCCUGGACCGCUGUCCUGAGCGGGCCUACACCACCAUGGUGUCGGACAUGAGGGUGACCUGCCCCAGCAACGAGGAGGCCUCCAGGGCAGCAGCGGCCCUGAGCAGUCCUGUGUAUCGCUACGUGGUGACGCACACACCGUCCAGCGCGGUGAACACCUCGGGCUAGGACCUGGUGCCCUACCCCAGCCGCUUCUCCUUCCACACGCUGGACGCCCUGGCCUUCUUCGACGGCCUGGGGGCCCUCCUGGAGGAAAGCCGCUCCCCAAACGACACAGAGUUCCAGCUCCUCUUCAGACACCACCUCGUCCACUUUGCAAAAACUAGGAAGAUGGUGGACGAGUGGCCAGAGUUCCCAUCAGCCACUGCUCUCCUGUCCAACCGGCUGAAGGUGGUCCAGAGCUACUCUGAUGAGCGCUGUCGCCUGUGGCAGGACAAUGGCUUCGAUGCCUAUGCCUGGGUCAACUGACCAGAUGAACACCCAGGGCUGUGGGUCAACCCUGUGGAAACGCCAAAUUUGAUUCACCGCUGAUCUCACCUGAGGCCAUGCCACUUUGUCUAAUGAUUAUAAACCACUAUUCUUUAACCAAACUAACAGCUGCCAACACCUUGUUUACACUGAGCUGCUGGGUCAAAAGGGGUGUCCUCACUUCCUGUUGACGUCAGUCGAAGAGCAGAUUCGGCGGUGUACUCUAUACUAAUAACAAUAUGUUGGCUUUGCUCAGGAGGUAGAGAGGGUCGUCUUGAAACCAGAAGGUUUCUAGUUCAAUCCCCAGAGUGUUGUGGUGUCCAUGGACUGUCUGCUAAAUGCAAUAUAAAUGCAUGGAGGACAUAAAACUCAAACAGAAGCUAUUAAAAGUGUACCAGAGCUACGACCCAGCAGCAAGGGCUAAUGUAUAGAAUGUCGUUCAUAAUCGGGAAAAUAAGGCCAGACCGGCCCUGAAGGGGCUUAUUUUCGAUAAUGACCGGCGACGUUCUUUACAUUAUCCCGCUUAUUACACGGCUACUUGCCAUAAUGAAAUACUAACUUUACAUGUUUUUUCACAAUUUAUUUGUUACUUACCAGCAUUCAUAGUGUUGAUCAGCAGAGAAAUAGUCUGUUAAGACAUUGAUGUCAAUUUGAAACCGAGUACGCUGGGGUUGAUAAGUUACCGGACUACCUACGGACUGAUACGAAAGAUGCCAAAAAAAUCACUUUCCUUGAUAGCUUGAUCAUUAUAUGCUUAGCAAUGGUGAAAUAUCAAAAUAUAAUAAAUCAUAUUAAUUCACCGUCAGAAGUUGUGAAGGCCCAUGCAAGUGAACGGAGCGUUCCACAGCAUUGAGAAGAGCCGUGUAAUAACUUUAUAUAAUUCAGAGUGAAUUAAAAGUUUAAAUGAAAUCCAAUCUCUGUGUUUCAUGUUAUUUAUUUGUAUUUUCAACAAUCAUUUACACCAUGAAAUAGAUAAGAUUCAGGCCUUUUCAGAAGUAGGCCAGCCUAGUUGUUCACCUUAUAGACAUGUGUGCGUUUCCUCUCUGUAGUUCUGUACUUCUCCAACAGAUGUCGCCAGAUCAGAAUCAAAACGUCCAAUGGAAUUCGUUCAUGCCAUUUUCUUUCUUUUAUGUUAUUUCCAUGUAUUCUGAACGAUUAUUUGCAAUAUAAAAUAAAAAGGAGGAUAUAUUCACGAAUAGGCUGAAAUAGAUGUAUAAAUCUAUGUGCGUGUGUAAGUAGGACUAUUUUUGCAGACGCCCACGAGGUAUCACCAAAUCCCCGUUUUCCUGAUGGCUCUAAAACUUAUGGGGCAACGGCGACAGAUUGGCUGCU